UCCCAGCCUGGGUUCCUCGGAAACAGGACGGAUUUUUUUGCUGCCAGCUCUGGGGCCUCACCCGGGACGUAGGCAGCGAGCUGAGGACCCUGCAUGCCUGUUCAUUCGGGCCUGGAUGCAAAAGCAGAUGCGGGAGGUCCAGUGAGCAAGACCUGGUGGCUGGAGCAGUGCAGGCCUCGUGUGUCCAUGGAGCUGCUGGCUGGGGGGACUCCUGCCCAGCUCCGCCUGCCAGGCUCGGAGAAACCAGAGGCCUAGGUGCACAGGGGUGGGUGUCAGCAGACAGAUGCUCCCCAGGCUGUGGGGUUUCCUGUGUGGACUGCUGGGCGGGUGUGCCAAAGGUGGAGGAUGCCGGCCAAGGGGCACUACUUCCUCAACGAGGGCGAGGAGGACCCCAACCACGACACGCUCUACGAGAAGUACCGCCUCACCAGCCAGCAUGGGCCGCUGCUACUCACGCUCCUGUUGGUGGCCAUCACUGCCUGCGCCGUCCUCAUCAUCAUCGCCUUCAGCUACGGGGACCCCUCCAGACACCAGGCUGUCCUGGGGACGGCGUUCUUCACGCUUGCCGUGUUUGUGGCUCUCUACGCGCUCGUGUAUGUUGAGUGCCUCGUCCGCCGGUGGCUCAGGGCCUCGGCGCUCCUCAUCUGGGCCUGCCUUGUGACGCUGGGCUACGUGCUGGUGUUUGACUCAUGGAUGAAGGAGGCGUGUGACUGGGAGCAGGUGCCCUUCUUCCUGUUCGUGGUCUUCGUGGUGUACACGCUGCUGCCUUUCAGCAUGCGGGGUGCCGUCGUGGCCGGGGUCGUCUCCAGCACCUCCCACCUCCUGGUGCUCGGCGGUCUGAUGGGGGCCUUCACCACGCCCAGCGUCCGGGUCGGGCUGCAGCUGCUGGCCAAUGCUGUGGUCUUCCUGUGCGGGAACCUCACGGGCGCCUUCCACAAGCACCAGAUGCAGGAUGCCUCCCGAGACCUCUUCACCUACACUGUGAAGUGCAUCCAGAUCCGUCGUAAGCUGCGCAUCGAGAAGCGCCAGCAGGAGAACCUGCUGCUGUCCGUGCUGCCUGCCCACAUCUCCAUGGGCAUGAAGCUGGCCAUCAUCGAGCGGCUCAAGGAGCGUGGGGACCGCCGCUACCUGCCGGACAACAACUUCCACAGCCUCUACGUCAAGCGGCACCAGAACGUCAGCAUCCUCUAUGCUGACAUCGUGGGCUUCACGCAGCUGGCCAGCGACUGCUCCCCAAAAGAGCUGGUGGUGGUGCUGAAUGAGCUCUUCGGAAAGUUCGACCAGAUCGCCAAGGCCAAUGAAUGCAUGCGGAUCAAGAUCCUGGGCGACUGCUACUACUGCGUGUCAGGCUUGCCCGUGUCCCUGCCCAGCCACGCCCGCAACUGUGUGAAGAUGGGGCUGGACAUGUGUGAGGCCAUUAAGCAGGUGCGGGAGGCCACAGGCGUGGACAUCAGCAUGCGUGUGGGCAUACACUCGGGGAACGUGCUGUGUGGUGUCAUCGGGCUGCGCAAGUGGCAGUAUGAUGUGUGGUCCCAUGACGUGUCCCUGGCCAACAGGAUGGAGGCGGCUGGAGUCCCUGGCCGGGUGCACAUCACAGAGGCGACGCUGAACCACCUGGACAAGGCGUAUGAGGUGGAGGACGGGCACGGGCAGCAGCGGGACCCCUACCUGAAGGAGAUGAACAUCCGCACCUACCUGGUCAUCGACCCCCGGAGCCAGCAGCCGCCCCCGCCCAGCCUACACCUCACCAAGUCCAAGGGGGACGCGACCCUGAAGAUGCGGGCCUCCGUGCGCAUGACCCGCUACCUCGAGUCCUGGGGGGCGGCGCGUCCCUUCGCACACCUCAACCAACGCGAGAGUGUGAGCAGCGAGACCCCUGUGCCCCACGGGCGGAGGCCCAAGGCCAUUCCCCUACGGCGCCACCGGACCCCUGACAGAAGUGCGUCCCCCAAGGGGCGGUCAGAGGAUGACUCAUACGAUGAUGAGAUGCUGUCGGCCAUCGAGGGCCUCAGCUCCACGAGACCCUGCUGCUCCAAGUCUGAUGACUUCUACACCUUUGGGUCCAUCUUCCUGGAGAAGGGCUUCGAGCGAGAGUACCGCCUGGCACCCAUCCCGCGGGCCCGCUACUACUUUGCUUGUGCCAGCCUUGUGUUCAUCUGCAUCCUGCUCGUCCAUGCCCUGCUGAUGCCCAGGAUGGCGGCUCUGGGUGUGUCCUUUGGGCUGGUGGCCUGCGUGCUCGGGCUGGUACUAGGCUUGUGCUUUGCCCGGGAGUUCUUGAGGUGCUGCCCGGCCCGGGGCGCGCUCCGAGCCAUCUCCGAGAGGGUGGAGACGCAGCCCCUGCUGCGGGUGUCCCUGGCCGUCCUGACCAUCGGCAGCCUGCUCACCGUCGCCGUCAUCAACCUGCCGCUGAUGCCUUUCCCGGCCCCGGGGCUGCCUGCUGGGAACGAGACGGGCCCAGGGGCCGUGAGCAGCUGGGAGAGGACCCUGUGCAAGCUCCUCCCGUAUUACACCUGCAGCUGCAUCCUGGCCUUCAUCGCCUGCUCUGUCUUCCUGCGGAUGAGCCUGGAGCUGAAGGUCAUGCUGUUGACAGUGGCCUUGGUGGCCUACCUGGUGCUCUUCAACAUCUCCCCAUGCUGGCAAUGGGACUGCUGUGGCCACAGCCUGGGCAACCUCACCAAGACCAAUGGCACCCUCAGCACCCCGUCCUGUUCAUGGGAUCUGAAGACAAUGAUCAAUUUCUACCUGGUCCUGUUUUACACCACCCUCAUCAUGCUCUCCAGACAGAUUGACUAUUACUGCCGCUUGGACUGUCUGUGGAAGAAGAAGUUCAAGAAGGAACACGAGGAGUUUGAAACCAUGGAGAAUGUGAACCGCCUUCUUCUAGAGAAUGUCCUGCCAGCCCACGUGGCCGCCCACUUCAUUGGUGACAAGUUAAAUGAGGACUGGUACCAUCAGUCCUACGACUGCGUGUGCGUCAUGUUUGCAUCCGUGCCGGACUUCAAAGUGUUCUACACGGAGUGCGACGUCAACAAGGAAGGCCUGGAGUGCCUGCGCCUGUUGAACGAGAUCAUAGCUGACUUUGACGAGCUGCUGUUAAAGCCCAAGUUCAGUGGUGUGGAGAAGAUCAAGACCAUCGGCAGCACGUACAUGGCAGCUGCAGGGCUCAGCAUCCCCUCAGGGCACGAGAACCAGGACCGGGAGCGGCAGCGCGCCCACAUCGGCAUCAUGGUGGAGUUCAGCACCGCCCUGAUGAGCAAGCUGGAUGGCAUCAACCGGCACUCCUUCAACUCCUUCCGCCUCCGAGUUGGCAUAAACCAUGGGCCCGUGAUUGCUGGAGUGAUUGGGGCACGAAAACCUCAGUACGACAUCUGGGGAAACACGGUCAAUGUUGCCAGUCGAAUGGAGAGCACCGGAGAACUUGGGAAAAUCCAGGUUACUGAAGAGACAUGUACCAUCCUCCAGGGAUUAGGUUAUUCUUGUGAAUGCCGCGGACUGAUUAACGUCAAAGGGAAAGGCGAACUGCGGACUUACUUUGUCUGUACGGAUACUGCCAAGUUUCAAGGGUUGGGGCUGAACUGAGGGCUUUAGGUAGGUGCAGAACAUGCUGGAAGCCGAUUUCCUUCCCUGAAGCAAGCCAGGGGGAAGGCUCAGCCCCACGUCAGUCACAAAGGCAGUCCAAGGGUUUGGCCAUUACCACCCCUAGCAGGUGGUUGUGCAUGGCUUCCUUGAACUGGCACUAGAGAAUUUCUCAGCUUGAGGUGACCAUGAAGCCUUACACACAGGCAGCCCAGAACCUCUGUGAUGUCAGAGUCUGCAACUCGGCCUCCAGCACAGCAGGGAACGGCUCAUUUGUGAGUUUUAGACCCUCAUUCCCCCAGGUGCUGUGGAUGAGACCCCCGCCCACCCCUACUCCCCCUUGGCCUGUGAGCUGCACAGGCGAGACUCGUCUUUCUUGUCUUGUCCAGGAUGGGUGGAGACUCCUUUCUCCCCAGCAGAACAACUACAAGAGUCCACGUUUCUCAUACAGGCAUUCUGGUAAAGAGCUGAAAGGGUGUUUGUUUUAAAUCUAUAAAUGGUUUCAAACAAUAGGGAGAAAACCCCCACAGUGGACACUUCUUACUUCUUGUCAUCUUUGGCAUGUGUCUGUUUUAAAUGGAUACAUUGUUAAUGGAGGUAUUUAUUAUCCUUUGAAUGACUUCUGAGAUGCUAGACAAAUUAUCUUCUCUGCAGUGCAGUGUCUGCCUUUGUAACCACUGACACAUAAGUGGGACCACUGUCCAGUGUGAGCAUAUGGGAUCAGCUCCUCUGUGGGAUGGAGCUCAGAGGAAUGUGGCUCAUAGCAGGAAGGCAAGGAGUGUCACAGCCUUGGCUUUGAAUCAAACAACUUUGAAGCCAGAAUUUUGAGAUGAGGUUUAAUAAGAGAAAAGCCUAGAAAAUAAGGUAUAAGCUCUUAGCCGUUCCUUGGCUCCUCAUGCGUUUUUGAGCACCCGCUGCAACCUUCAACUCUGUCUUAGCUUUAUACUGGAGAGGAAUGGAGUCUGUGUGGAGAGAAGUUGGACGGCCUGUAGUUCUUUCCUUUCCUUCAGUCCUCAUAGCUAGCUUUGAAGAGCUUCAAAACUAAGAGGAUCUACUCAGCACCAGCAUGCGUAGAGGUUCCUGUAUCUGGGAAGCCCGCCCUCUCACAGGUGCUCAGAUGUUCUUGUUCUGAACUGAAUGAAUCAAGGCAAGUGAAAGAGCCAGGUCUGUGAGGUGGUGUCUUACAGUACUUUAGCUCUAAAAGAAUGGAAAGAAGUCUACCUAUGUUGUUUCAAGGUGAGAAAUAAUAACCAAACUGCCCAUUC